GGGCGGGCGGACGCUGGGGUGCGGCCGGGCCCUCCCUGGGCUCCGCGGCCUCAGGGCACCCACUCGGCUCCGCACCCGGCUCUGCUCCGGACUCUGCGCCCCAUGGAGCAACUCGCUGCGCUGCUUCUCCUGGCGGUUACUGCUGCCAACAGUUUUUCUCAUGAAGCUGAAAAUUUCCAUUUAAGACAAGCUAUCCAAAAGAAGAGUAUCCAGUGGCUAGAUUCUUACCAAUUGGAUGGGCUACGUCCUCUGCGGCGUACAAAAAGGACAUGGGUUAUCACCACCAUCGUUGUUCAAGAGGAGGAAAAAGGACCAUUCCCAAAAUAUGCUGGACAGCUGUUUAAUAACAAAUCAUUUAAUGAAUCAGUACGAUAUUUAAUCAGUGGACCUGGGGUAGACGAAUAUCCAGAGAUUGGAUUGUUUUCUAUAGAGGAUGAUGCAAACGGACAUGUGUAUGUACAUCGUGCCAUUGACAGAGAAAAGACCCCAUCUUUUCAGGUGCGUUUCGAUAUUGUGCACAGAAAAAAUGCUGAACUACUGGACCGACCUUUAUUUUUCAAGAUUAAGGUUAAAGAUGUUAAUGACAAUGCACCUGAGUUUUCCAAGAAAGAAUUUAACAUUGCAAUAAGAGAGCAUCACAGUAAAGGUGAGCCAGUUUUACAAGUUACUGCCUUGGACAAAGAUGAAGCAGGCACUGAUAAUUCUCGGGUGUCCUAUUCUCUAAUUAUGCAGAUGCCCAUUCUAGAUGGAUUCACAUUUAAUAUUGAUGCUACCACAGGUUUGAUACUCCUGUCUGGAUGCCUGCAUUAUGAGACUGCUAGUUCUUUUAAACUUCUGGUUGAAGCCAGUGACCACGGAGCGCCCCAGCAGUCAUCUACUGCAACAGUGAAUGUAGCUAUUGAAGACGCAAACAACCACCUCCCUGUAUUUAUCAGUGAUCAGUACCAGCUACGGAUUUCGGCAGGCCAAGAACACCCAGCUGCAUUACGGCUGCAAGUGGAAGAUGAAGACUCUCGCAACACUCCAGCCUGGAGAGCAAAAUACAAAAUAAUAAAAGGCAAUGAGAAGGAACAGUUUGCCAUUGCGACUGAUCCGGAAACAAAUGACGGCAUUUUGAGUAUCCUCAAGCCUCUCAGCUAUGAGAAGAACUCUGAAAAGACACUUGUAAUUUCUGUAGAAAAUGAAGAACCUUUCUUCUCAUGUAAAAACGGCGAAGUGAUGAUCUCAAGACCAGAAUUCAUGAAUAUAACUGUGAACAUCAAGGUCUUACAAUCACAACAUGCUCCUCAGUUUCACCCUUCUAUACUUAUUGUCCAAAAAGAAGAUCAAAUGAAGCCUGGGACAGUAUUUAGAAGAUAUCUUGCUACAUAUCCAGAUGAUGUACCAAGGAAGAUGAAAUAUGAACUAGCUCAUGACCCAGCUGGUUGGAUGAGUGUGGAUGAAAAUUCUGGAGUCCUUAGUGUGGCAAAAGAAUUUGAUCAAGAAUCCCCUUAUGUGAACAACAGUCUGUACACCAUUAUCGUUCAUGCCACUGAUGAUGGUAUUCCACCACAGACUGCUACUGGCACCAUCCUCCUUUACUUGUCUGACAUUAACGAUCGUAUGCCAGCAUUAGUGACUCCUUCUUUAGAUGUGUGUGACCAAAAAAAAUGGACACCUCUCAUUGUAAAAGCUAAGUCUGCUUUGGUUCAGAAUGUGAAUGGACCAUUUACAUUUGAACUGGCUGAGGACUCUGAAGAUGUGAAGCAUAACUGGAAAUUAGGAAGGAACUUUGGGCAGUCUGUUGAGCUAUUAAUGUUAAGAAGCCUCCCACAAGGUAGUUACUUGGUGCCGUUCAUUAUUCGGGAUGGGCAAGGAUUUUCUACAAGGCAGAAUCAGCAUGUAAGGCUCUGUGCUUGCCCAGAUGGGCGUACAUGUGAAGAUUCACCACUUUCACAAGCAUCAGUGAGACUUGGAGGCAGUGCCAUUGCACUAAUGCUGACAGCUCUCCUAUUAUUACUGGUUUCCAUUAUUCUACUUUGUCGGUUUUAUGCGUCAGGAUCCAAAGGCAAAGCCAGUCUUUCACCUCAGGAAGGUGUACAGACUUUAAUCACCUAUAAUGAAGAGAGCAGAAUGCCUUUGUCUCAGGCUAGGCUGGACGCUACAGAUGCUGCCACUCUACUGCCUGUGUCUGCUGAAGCUGGAAAAGUGACUGUCAAGGAUGGCCUGUACACUAAAUACGAUGAGACCUCUCAAAUAAGAUACCUUCAUCACAUCCUACAGACAGUGGACAAAAUACUGGAUCAGAAAUUGUAUGACCAAAGUAAACUGGAAGAUGAUGGGCACAGCUACGAAUCUCACAGAUAUGCUGAGGAAGGAGAACUAGAGAGAAGUAGCUCCUUCCACUCUCUCUCCAUUGUCAGCGAGGAAUUGCCCUGGGAUUUUUUGCAAACUCUGGGGCCAAAGUUUUCUGCUCUGGAGGAAAUCUGCCAGAAGCGAUUUCCAUCAUUCAACUAAUUUCAAAAGGCCAUGGCUAUUUAUGGUGUUACAAAGGCUUCUGGCAGAAGCACUGACAAAAUUCUAAGGAAAGAACCAUCCACAUUUCAAAGAUUUACAGUGUGUUUGCACCACCAGUACCUGGCCUUUUAUUCUUCCUGGCUAUAAUGUUUGCAUGUCUGCAGCUAAGAACAUGACAUGUGUAUGACAUAGUAGGUAAAGGUAAAAAUAGAUCUACCAGGCUAGAAAUUGAAGUCAAAAUUCCAUAUGGAAAUAAGACAACUUUGAAAAGGGAAGGCGACUACUAGCUAGGCCAGGGAUACAGUCCUUUCUCCAGGAAGUGGAUUCUUUAAAUCCAGGGUGGCUUUCAAACAGAUUAGCUUUAGUACAACCAUGCAGAUCUGACUGGUGAUCAGAUCUUUUCUUUCCAUAUGAUCUUGAAACAUCUAAGAGAAAAUGCACCUCUACUCUUGGCAAGCUUGCAACUUUCAUAAUGUCCUGAGAGGUCACCACCAUCCUUGCCUUACAGCAUAAAAUAGGCACUCAUUUAGUCUUUGCACACUUAUGCUGGCUGUUAGUAUUAUUACACUAUCAUAAAUAACACUAAAUGCUAAGAAAUUGUUGACAGAGUAGAAAGUAUGGCUAUUCAUUUUUUCCAGAUAACUUCUCUAAAUUAGCUAACAGUGAUUGUGCUAAGGAAAUUCAGGGAUUUCCUCAGGCAUCAUUAACAAAGUAGCUGACAUGAUAAAGAAAGGAUGGUAUCAGAUUUCUUUAUAUGGAAACCACAGAUGUGUUACUUUUAAAUCGUGUGGUUUGUGCACAUCUGCAUGUGUGCAAUGGCCUAUGCUCAGUUAUAGCAUGAUGGCAAUCGAUGUUACAACACAUGAAUGAGGAAAGAAUAACUCCAGAAGAUAGUAUUCUGCCAUUAGAUAAGUUAUAUAAACAAAAAGAGAUGGAAUUAGUCAGUCUUAUUUCUAUUCUAUUUUUGUGUUAAAGAAAAACGUUCCACCUAAGGCAAGCACUAGGUCUAGUAUCUAAGGCACUGUUCUUCCGUUUCAAAGUUUACUUAAGCAAUAAAUUAUACUUUUGCUCAGAUGUUAUUAACUAAUAAUUCAAGGGUGGAAACUUUCAAUCAAGUGUGAUUAAAGAAUCUGGCUGAAUGGCAGGGAGCUAAAUUUUUCUAAAUGCCAGCAGCCAGAUCUGUUUACACAAUAAAUCACUACUUUGAUAAACUGAUUUUAACUUAUAAUUCCAGAUGGAAGAGUUUAAAUCAGGCCAGUGAUUUAGCAGCACUCUUAAUAACCAAGAUGACUGUUUUAUUGCAAACUAUAACCAUACGGGUAAGAUCAGAAUUGUGCUGUGUUUUGCUAUUUCCACUGAAAAUGAUGCAAGAUUAAAAAUGAUAAUGAAAGUA